AGUAUAUUCAGAAACCUUGCAUGUCCUAAUAAAGUGCUGCAUUUCAGGAUCUCAUUACCAGUAACAGCCUCUGCCUGUAUAGUGAAGGGGCACAAACUUUAAACCUCAAGGUAGUAAGUACAGUGUGCAGUGCACAGUGAAUCAUUAAGGCAAGAAUUUAGUACAACAAAUAGUGUACUACCAGCAGCAUAUGUCAAAUGAAAAUUGUAUGAAUCUGUUAUACUUUGCCCCAGGAGCCCUAGUUGGCUCAGAGGUGAUAGCCAAAUGCUUUAGAACUUUAGACUUAACUUUAAUUUCAGAAAUGAUCAGGAAAUUGAUGGGACUUCAGUAGAUAUCAGCAGUGUUGGCUAUGCAUAGGAUGUGAUUAGCAGUCAGUGUCUAACUUCUCGAUUUCCUCUCCUGAUGUGGCCACUCCAUUAGCAUUGCUGAUGCCCAUAAUAUCAAGAAGUGUCAUACUGUUCGCUGGUACAUUGCUUAAUCCACAGCAGCCACAGAAGUUCCUCUUGUAUGUCCUUUGUGUCUGCUAAGGGAAAAAUUAUUUGUUCUUGCGCAAAACCAUUUCAUUUUUAGUUGGGAUGUUUUCUCUCUUGAUUGACCAAAGAGAGAUGGAGAUGUUUGUGUAUCUUGUCUGCUUGGUCUCCUUGUCAGAUGCACACACCACUGAAGAUGUCGCUGUGGUGUAUGGUGUUGAAGGGAAGUCCAUCUCCAUCAACUGCUCUUACAGCCCUAAGGAGAAUCAGUGGAGAAAGAAAAGUUGGUGCAAACACAUCAGCGAGAGGGAGUGUCAGCAUAUUGUCAGUGCCCGGACUUUUUGGAUGCCAUUCCUCAAGAGGAGAAAUGGCACCACUGCCAUUGCCGACAAUAUCGAUGAGGGGAUCCUUACAGUGACCAUCAAUCCACUCCAGAAGCAUGAUGCUGGUUUGUAUCAGUGUAAGACAGACUUCUUGGGGGUUGUGAAUACCCUUUUGAAGGUGAAGGUGAAUGUGCUGACAGGCUUAAGGGAGACUGAAACACCAGAGGAGCCCAGAGCAGCACACAGCAUUUCCAGCACCCUAUCAGAUCCAGAAGUUAAACUCCACAUGUUUGUGGCUGGAUUCCUUGGCAUCAAACUCCUGGUUGCUGUCCUCAUCUUAAUCAUUGCCCGAAGCUUGAAGAACAGAACAACAGGGGAUAGGAACAGAAGAGGAAAUGAGCAUCAGCUCCUCCCAGUUACAGGAAAUGGCUGGCAUAGCUGAAGAUAAUGGAAGAAGGGAGAAAGACAAGAAAGACUUAACCCAGGUAGACAUGUAGAAGUGGAUCCAACCGGCAGGACAAAAGAGAUUGGUUUGCUCUAUCCUGCAUUCCAUCACCACUGCAAGGACUGCUGUGGUUUUGCCUGCUUUGCUUCGCUGUCACAGAACACUAGGUGCAAACUGAUAUUUAAGUAACCAUCCGUGACUAGUUAAUUUAGAUUGUAAUCUUGGGGAAUUAACAUCAUAGAAUCAUAGAUUUCAAAGGAGCCCUAAGGGCCAUUAUUUCAACCCCUGCCAUGUGGGAAUCCACAGUCAAAGCAUCCCUGAGAAAUGGCAAUCCAACCUUAAAAAGUCAGAUGCAAGAUAGUCCAUUAGUCUUGAGGCCUCCUCAAGACUGGGACAUCAGGUAUUGUCUUUGGACUGUUCUGAUUUCUCCUCCAUGCCCUGUUUAUUGUACCAUCUAGCCUGAUGAGGAGUUUGAGAGAACUCAAAAGCAGGGUUGUGGUAGUUGUUGUUUAAUUUAUCCUUAAAAAGCUGUUGCCCACCUUCAAUUGUUGAAUGCUUUGCUAUAGUAAAUGUCAAAUGGAUGCUCUAUGCAAAGGCAUUUUCACUAUACUGGAAGAGUGUGAGAAUAAAUGUAUACUGUAGAAUGUAAAAAUAAAUGUAGCAUUUCUCUCAAUUCUUUCUCUUGCAAAGGGUGCACAAUAAAGAAGUGUGCGUGUAGAUAAGUACAACAAAGGCUGUAAUGAAAUGUACAUAAGUGCAAUAGCUCAACAUGAUUUAAUAAAGGUGUAAUUCAUUAUGGAUA